AUGGAUGGGCUUCAUGCGCGUUACGACUCACUGGCCGACCGCAGCAGCGAGCUCAAUACCACGACAACUAUUGUACUAGUCCUAUCGGCCGUCUUUGUCGCCUUGCGCUUCUGGGCCCGAUAUGUUCGAAUUGGCUAUGGACUUGAUGACUGGUUGACCGUGGUAGCGUUGGUCUUCGUCUUUAUCACUGGAGCGCUCAACUAUGGCAUGAUUUCUCAUGGUCUUGGCAAACACGCUGGAAAAGUGUCACCCGAAGACCUAGCCAUCUUCUUCAAGAUCCUCCUCGCCUUCGAAUGCAUCUACGUCACUGCAGUAAUGAUGGUCAAACUUGCUUUGAUACAGAUGUACCUGCGCAUCUUUACAUCCCGCGGCUUCAAAUUGGCCUCAGCCAUCAUCGCUGGUACAGUUGUUGCCUGGUGGAUAGCCAUCUGCGCUGUGUGCAUCUUCCAAUGCCGUCCGAUCAGAAGGGGCUGGAUGCCGUGGCUUACGGAGGGCACAUGCAUUGAUCUUAAAGCUUCCUUUAUCGGUAAUGCAAUUCCCAACAUUGCAACUGAUAUUGCCAUUUUAUGUUUGCCAGUGACGCAGAUUGUCAAGUUGCAAGUCAACAUUGCUCAGAAGAUCUCCCUAUUAAUCAUCUUCCUGCUCGGUGGUUUUGUUUUAUUCGCCAGUAUAUACCGAUUUACAACCAUUAUGCAGUUCACAAUGGAAGACACUACAUGGACCCUUGCCACAGCAUGCACCUGGUGUGUCGUCGAAGCGGCCUGUGGAACCAUCGCCCUCUGUCUCCCAACUCUGAGACCACUCAUGCUCAAGAUAUCAUCACAAUUCGAAAGUGCGUCACGUUCCAAGAAGACGGCCGCAACUCGCAGCAACAGGCCGACCGAACUCGUCACCAUCGGUGGAACCGGAAAGACAGACACAAGACAGUUUCAGCGUAUAGAGGAUGAUCGACAGUCCAACGAAAGCGAUCUUGAGCUUGGUACUGGCCAUGGGAGCCUCCCGCAUUACAACAUGAGCGAAAGAGGAUCAGGAGACGAGCUACCGCUGCACAAAGACGGGAAGGGAAGCUCGAGAAUAUGA